CUCUGUGUGUCUGUCUCCCUCUCCCCUGCACUUGCACCACUGGCUGCGCCUUACCCCCUCUCUCCCCCCUCCUGCUUGCAGCUCUCGCCUCCGGAGCUGGGCUCAGGCCCCCUCCCUCUCCCCUCCUCCGCCCGCCUCCCUCCCUCCCUCCCUCCCUCCCUUGGCGCUGGGGCUUCCCUUUCCCCGCUCCAUUCAGUGCUGCCCGCGCCGCGCGCUGCCGCCGCUGUCCCCGCCAUGUCCCGGAGCCGAGCUCCCCCGGGCAGCCGGACCUUGUAGCCGGACAGAGCGCCCCCUUCCCGGGGCGGCUGCAGCGGGGGCUCUGUGCCCAGCAGCGCCAGGCACCGCACGGGGAUGGAGGGAGCCUGAGCCGGCCACGGAGCAGGAAGAGCAGGCGGCACCAGCGCUCGCAGCCGGCUGGGGAGGCAACGGCACCAUGGAAGCGCAGCCACCGGGGGGCCCCAGGGCCCCGGACCCCUGCGGCUUCCCUAAGGACUCCGACCGCCAGCUGCGCCUCCGCCUCUGCGUCCUCAGCGAGAUCCUGGGCACCGAGCGGGACUAUGUGGGCACCCUGCGCUUCCUGCAGUCGGCAUUUUUGCACAGAAUCAGACAGAAUGCUGUGGACAAAGCCGAGAAAUGCAUAACAGAGGAGAAUAUCAAGAUCUUGUUUUCCAACAUCGAAGACAUUCUUGACGUUCACAAGGAGUUCUUGGAUGCCCUGGAAUUUUGUUUACAACCAGAACCUCAAUCUCAGCAUGAACUGGGAAAUGUUUUCUUAAAAUUUAAAGACAAGUUCUUUGUAUAUGAGGAAUAUUGCAGCAACCAUGAGAAAGCGCUCAGGCUCCUAAUGGAACUGAACAAGAUUCCAGCAGUGAGAGCAUUCCUCCUGAACUGCAUGCUUUUGGGAGGCAGAAAGACGACAGACAUUCCACUAGAGGGUUAUCUGCUGACACCAAUUCAGAGAAUUUGCAAAUAUCCACUUCUCCUAAAGGAACUAGCUAAGAGGACACCUUCUAAGCAUCCCGAUCACCAAGCGGUCCAGAAUGCAUUGCAGGCGAUGAAGACCGUCUGCACCAAUAUCAAUGAAACCAAGAGGCAGAUGGAGAAGCUGGAAGCCCUUGAGCAGCUGCAGUCCCACAUUGAAGGAUGGGAGGGGUCCAAUCUGACUGAUAUCUGCACACAACUCCUGCUCCAAGGGACUUUGUUGAAAAUCUCAGCAGGAAACAUCCAGGAGAGAACAUUUUUUCUGUUUGAUAACCUUCUGGUCUACUGCAAGCGGAAAUCCAGAGUUUCUGGGAAAAAGGCAUCUAAACGUACCAAGUCAAUCAACGGAUCCCUCUAUAUCUUCAGGGGCCGAAUAAACACAGAGGUCAUGGAAGUGGAGAAUGUGGAAGAUGGGACAGCAGAUUACCACAGCAAUGGCUACACAGUGACCAAUGGCUGGAAGAUACACAACACUGCCAAAAACAAAUGGUUUGUCUGUAUGGCCAAGACUCCAGAGGACAAACAGAAAUGGCUAGAUGCUAUAAUCAAGGAAAGGGAACAGAGAGAGAGUCUGAAACUGGGGAUGGAGCGGGAUGCAUACGUCAUGAUUGCGGAGAAAGGAGAGAAGCUGUAUCACAUGAUGAUGACCAAGAAAGUGAACCUUAUCAAAGACAGGAGGAGAAAAUUAAGCACUGUUCCCAAGUGCUUUCUUGGCAAUGAGUUUGUAUCCUGGCUCAUGGAGAUUGGCGAGAUAAGUAAGCCGGAGGAAGGGGUCAACUUGGGACAAGCUCUGUUGGAAAAUGGCAUCAUUCAUCAUGUUUCAGAUAAGCACCACUUUAAGAAUGAGCAGGUGAUGUACAGGUUUCGGUAUGAUGAUGGAACAUAUAAACCAAGAAGCGAACUGGAAGAUAUCAUGUCCAAGGGUGUGAGGAUCUAUUGCCGACUGCAUAGUCUUUACACUCCAGUGAUAAAAGACCGAGACUACCACUUGAAGACCUACAAAUCAGUCAUCCCUGCCAGUAAACUAGUGGAUUGGCUGAUUGCACAGGGAGACUGUCAGACUCGGGAGGAAGCCGUCGCACUGGGUGUUGGACUCUGCAAUAAUGGCUUCAUGCAUCAUGUCCUGGAGAAGAGCGAAUUCAAGGAUGAAUCCCAAUAUUUCCGUUUUUAUGCUGAUGAGGAGAUGGAGGGUACAAGUUUCAAGAGCAAGCAGCUGCGUAAUGACUUCAAGCUUGUUGAAAACAUCCUAGCAAAGCACCUGCUGAUCUUACCUGGAGAGGACAACUACGGUUUUGACAUUGAAGAAAAGAACAAAGCAAUCGUGGUCAAGUCUGUUGAGCGAGGAUCUCAUGCAGAGAUGGCCAGCCUCCAGGUUGGAAGAAAGAUCUACUCCAUUAAUGAGGACUUGGUAUUCCUGCGUCCGUUUCAAGAAGUGGAGGCCAUCUUAAACCAAUCUUUCUGCUCUCGGAGACCACUUAGACUUCUGGUGGCCACCAAGUCUAAAGAAAUUAUAAAAAUACCAGAUUGUCACGAAGCUCUUUGCUUCCAGAUACGGGGAACAGCGCCACCCUAUGUCCGUGCUGUGGGCAGAGGCUCCAAGGCUGCAGCUGUGGGACUCCACUCAGGGCAGUGCAUUUUGAAAGUUAAUGGAAAUAAUAUGAUGAAUGAAAAUUACACAGAAGUUCUGGAGCACUUUACAGCAUACAGGAACAGGCAGCAAGAAUUGCUGGGAUUGUACCAGUGGGUGUACCGAACACACGAAGACGCUGAAGAGGAUAGAGCUCAGCAGCCAACAUUUAAUGCAUACCUGAACGGCAGCCAUCUUGAGUCAAGCGAUGGACAGAUCUCAGUGGAAGGAAGUGGAGAACUGGAUCCCCUUUAUAAAACCCAACAGGAAGCAGUCUCUCCGUUGAUCAUGAGCGAAGACAUGCCUCUCAUUAGCUUGACUGUGGACAAUGUCCAUCUGGAACACGCGGUGGUGUAUGAAUACGUGAGCACUGCUGGGAUCAAGUGUUAUGUCUUGGAGAAAACCGUAGAGCCAAAGGGUUGUUUCAAUCUGACUGCAAAGAUUUUAGAAGCCUUUGCUGCAGAUGACAGUCACUUUGUGAAGAAUUGCAAGAAGCUCAUCUCCCAAAGCAGAGCUGUGGAGACCAUGCCAGAGUAUGAUUUCCGGCAAACCUGUGACACUAAGCUGGAGAGCAUCUGCAAAAGGCUCACCAACUACCACAAGUUUGCAGAUGAGCUCAAAAUGAAGGUGAGCCCAGCCUUCAAACAAGCCACAUCGGAGCCUCACCCCCUCAACAGCAUGGAUUUCUGCCCCACCAACUGCCACAUUAACCUCAUGGAGGUAUCCUACCCCAAAAACACUACCUCAACAGGAAGGUCAUUCAGCAUUCGCAUUGGACGGAAGCCAUCUAUAAUUGGACUUGAUCCGGAACAAGGUACUCUGAAUCCAGUCUCAUACACUCAGCAUAGCAUCACCACCAUGGCUGCACCAUCAUGGAGGUGCCUACCCCCAGAAGAUGGAGAACUCAACCCACAUGAACAAUAUGAGGGUAGCUUUGGCCAAGAGAAUGGGGGAACAAACCAGGAGGAAAGGGGACUCAGCUUUCUGCUGAAAGAAGAAGACCGGGAGAUACAGGACUCAUACCUUCAACUUUUUAAUAAACUAGAUAUUGCAGUGAAGGAAAUGAAGCAAUACGUCUUUCAGAUAAAUAAGCUUUUGUCCACCAUAACAGAACCCACUGGCACAUGUGAACCUCUGUCCAGUGAGGAGACAUCCCCACCUUCCUUGGGGGCUGAAGAGAGCGACACUGACAAAGCUGAGCAUGGUGGGAGUAAGAAGGUUUGUUUCAAAGUUUCUGAGGAGGACCAGGAAGACUCAGGACAUGACACAAUGAGUUUCAGAGACUCCUACAGUGAGUGUAACAGUAACCGAGACUCUGUGCUCUCCUACACCAGUGUACGGAGUAACAGUUCUUACCUGGGCAGCGAUGAGAUGGGAUCAGGUGACGAACUUCCCAAUGACAUGAGGAUUCCUUCGGACAAACAAGACAAACUUCAUGGCUGUCUUGAGCAUCUUUUUAACCAGGUGGAUGCUAUCAAUGCGCUCCUCAAAGGAUCAGUCAUAACCAAGGCCUUUGAAGAAACCAAGCACUUUCCAAUGGACCACAGUUUGCAAGAAUUUAAACAGAAGGAAGAAACCACAAUAAGGUGCCGGAAUAAUAUUCAAUUCAGUGUCCAAGAAGAUCCCUGGAACCUUCCACUGCGUAUCAAGAACCUUGUUGAAACCAUUCAAAAACAUGUGGAAGAUGGGAAGAAUCAGCUGCUUCUGGCCUUGCUAAAAUGCACAGAUACUGAGCUGCAGUUGAGACGAGAUGUCAUUUUCUGCCAGUCCCUCGUGGCUGCUAUUUGCACUUUCUCCGAGCAGUUGCUGGCUGCUCUCAACUACAGAUACAAUAACAAUGGGGAAUAUGAAGAGAACAGCAGGGAUGCCAGCAGGAAAUGGCUGGAGCAGAUAGCUGCCACUGGGGUUUUACUCCACUACCAGUCCCUACUGUCCCCCAGCGUGAAAGAAGAGCGCAUCAUGCUAGAAGACAUCCCAGUCACUCUGUCUGAGCUGGAUAAGGUUGCCUUUUAUUUCAAGCAGCUGGACGAAAGCCUCGUAGCAAAUACUCACGUCUUCUACCACAUUGAAGGAAGUCGGCAGGCCUUGAAGAUUAUCUUUUACCUUGACAGCUACUACUUCUCCAAACUGCCGUCUCGCUUUCAGAAUGGGGGAAGCUUGAAGCUGCACACGGUGCUCUUUACAAAAGCUCUUGAAAGCCCAGAUAGCCAGCCACAGCCAGGUGACUCAUCUCUACAAGAACUCCCACAACAGAUUAAUGGCGUCUCACUUGAAAAAGUGCAGCAAUAUUACCGUAAACUCAGGACAUUUUACCUUGAGAGAUCCAACUUGCCUACUGAUUCCAAUACAACAGCAGUGAAGAUUGACCAGCUUAUUCGCCCCAUUAAUGCAAUGGAUGAGCUGUGCAGACUGAUGAAGUCCUUUAUUACAAAACCCACCCAGUCGGGAUACUCUAAUAGUAACACACCAGGAGCUGGGCUGCUGCCUAUAUCCUCAGAGCUCUGUUACCGUCUCGGAGCCUGUCAGAUUGCCAUGUGUGGCACUGGGAUGCAGAGAAGUACAUUGAGUGUGUCCAUGGAACAAGCAGCCAUACUGGCUCGAAGUCAUGGACUUUUACCCAAAUGUAUCAUGCAGGCUACAGACAUCAUGAGAAAGCAAGGACCAAGAGUUGAAAUCUCUGCUAAAAAUCUCAAAGUGAUGGAUCAGAUGCCGCAGUCUGCACCCCGACUCUACAGGCUGUGUCAGCCACCUUUAGAUGGGGACUUAUAAAAAUGAAAGAGACACCCAUGUUAUGGAGUCAAUAAAAUGUUCAGCUGAGAGCAACCCUGCCCGAGGACCCAUGUCAACUGACACUGGUGGUGUUAAAUGGAGACGGGAGGAUAUGGUGCUGGGUGUCUCGUGUUCAGUAAGAGAAGAAUCUCCGACGCCCACCUGCUGAGAACUCCUACAGUAUAUGGGCAAAGAUUCUUACGGUUCCUUGGCUAUUGGAGAAGUUCUCUAACCAUAAACACCCUUGAGCCGAGACAAACGAACUGCCUUCUGCCAGAAUGCCCAGAAGGAAUAGCAAUUCCAUGUCAAGAAACUGCAGCUUUACUAAUGACUCAGCUGCGCUACUGGCUGAAAGUUGUGGCCUUCAAGUUAUGGAUCCAUAAAGCAAAAGCAAGACGAAGCACAUCUACUAUCCCAAUAACGUAUCUGGCAUCCAUUUAAUUGCCAGCAUAAUUUUGGUCAGUGGUCUUGAGUAACAGCAUCAGAAAUACCACUGAUUUAACAUGCUGACCUGCACUUUUGAACCAUAAGUAGCUCAAGUUUCUGGUUUAUUUCCAUAUGAAUACAAAGUAUUUCUUCUAGAGUCGUUUUCCUCUUCAGGCCAGUGAGAACCAAUCUCUGUAUGCUGCAGAGUAUACAUUCCAUAAUACUUCUUACCAUUACUUCCUCUUACUUACUGUAACAUUCAGGUUUGGGAUUAACAUUUUUUACUAAUGGUCUAUUAUGUAUUCUGGAAAUACAAUAAUAUUUUACAGGAGAGUUUGGCAAUGAAGGAUUUUUUAGGAGAAAUUACAAAGAAAAUAAAUUGCAGUCCUAUACUCUGAUUAUUUGAACAGAUGUAGUUUUUAAAACCAGGUCAGAAGAACUAUAGUUAUUUAUGUGGAGUGGAGUAUCUGUUUUGGAUCAUGUUAUUAUAUAUACAAGAUUUAAAUAAAAAUUAUAUUGUUUAAAAUGGGACCAAUAUGCUGGCAAUUACACAGCUAAUCCCAGUUUACUGGAAACAAUUCUACAUUAUUUAAAAUCUUUCAGUAUUUAAGUAGUCUUUAAUACAGUUAUUAAAAUGUAUUAGGAAGGCUUUUAAGUUAAAAGAAAAAGGAAUCAUGUAUAUAAUGUACUUUAUUUUUUUCCUAUUUCAAAAUUGUUCUCCAUUCUAUCAGUAUUAGCAUUAGUGCAGUAAUUUUCUCCAAAUUACUGGCUGAUACUCAUUGAGCAUGUCAGCAGUCUCAGGCCAGAAAUAAUGUUCUUUUGGAGUGAGUGCCUUAAUAAUGAUUCACCUAUAUCUAACAAAAUUCACGGCAGUGGGGGAACCUAACAUUAUUGUCUCUCACCAUAGAAAAGCCAUAGUCUCUUUUAAAACAAUUCAUUGUUGGGAGAUUCCAGGAACUGUUUGGCGUAAUGGACAUUCUAGAGAAUGAAGGUUUUCUUUUGUUUUGUUUUGUUUUUUGUGCUGAACAGGGCAUUAAUGAACUCCAGUUUUAUUUGGUUAACAAUCCAAUCCAUCCCAAAUAUAAAGUUAAAAAUCAUCUCUUCCCACCUGGCUGUGAAGGUUUUUUUAAUUUCAUUUCUUCAACUAGCACAAAAUAACUUACUACAAGUUUUGAGGGGUUGUGUUGGCUUUCUGAAUUAUUAAAUGUUUUUAACGUUUAGGUUUCUUUCAUGCUCAGACUGAUUUUUUUUUGGGGGGGGGGUAGGAGAGAACACACUUUUGUUUGUUUUAUUUACUUUUCAGUAUUCCUUCUGACCCACCUCAGUCCACAGCUGAGGCUUAUGUGAGUCAGUCUCCUGUUACAUCUCAGAUAUAGGCGUCAGUUACUGUAGAAUCCAUUGCACUGCAGUCAGAUCAGCAGAACAUUGUUUCAAAGCAGUUUGUGCUUCUUCAUAAUCUUGGAAGACUUAAUCUUGCCAUUUGCUGUUGAAAAGAAUGAUAUUUCUUGAAAAAUCCCCUAAUUUAAAAUUAACUGUAAUGAUAUGUAAAGAAAAACUAUUGAAACACCCAAGAAAUAAAAACAUAGGGGCCAGUAUCCUCUCCUGGGGUAAAUCAGCAUAGUUUUGUUGACUUCAGUGGAUCUGAUUUAAACUGCCAGAUGAGGAUCCUGACCUACAUCUAUGCAGUUCGUACAGACAUUAAAGGCGCAUAGAAGAUGAUCUAAGGGCAUUUACACUGUGCACUGUUUUACAUUAAAAUGUAUGUGUUAUUCUCAUUAAAUACAUGCUAGAACAUUUUAUUAUUAAAAGUUGGUUUAUAUUA